AUGGAAGGCAAAGUGUGUCCAAAGUAUGGAUCACUUCUGUGUUCCUUAAGAGCCCCCGAUCCUACAGCAGGUGGGGGCGUUAACGACUCGUCGACUUGGUAUUUCGAUGAGUCUGGAGUCCGUGAACAACUGCGACUUGACCUUGCCGCUGUAGCAGCAUAUGGUAUGGCAUCUUAUAUUGGAGUCUCUGCAGCUGAACUGAACUCCCAGACCGUUUUAGGCCCACUUUCCACCAAUGGAAGACUGUUCAAUAACGGUAACGUCGACUUGCCAAGGCAUCGAUUUAACCGUUCUUCGCGGCACUCCAUGGAUGAUGAGGAGGUUGGUGAGGAAGCAGCAGCAGCAGCAUCCGCAGCAGCAUCAGCAGCAGCCAAACACCGACACUCUGGUCCUCGUUCGUUUGCUCAGCUUUGGCUAGAAAAUUAUCGUUAUCUUCAACGUGCCAAACUGCCACCGUUCGGUUACACGCUCUUUUCAUUGUCAACUGCCCCUACCAACCUCCCUUCGCCACCGUCUUCCACGGUCCACGGAGUCAAUGGACUUUCUCAAAUGACUAAUCAGUCAGCGAGUACUGGAUCGCCAAAUGCCAGUACCGUUUCGACCUUUCCAUCCCCGAAUCCCUCCGGAUCCGGCCCCUCGCCCUCGUCUCACCAUGUCCCCGGCAGGCAAGUGGCCAUGGUGUUCGCCAAAACCUACGAACUCCUGGCUGCCCGUGACACAAACGGCCCUCGCCUUUUAUCAAUCAUUACGGAAGAAUUGCUCAAUUCCGCUAAUUUGGUGGACCUCAAAGGACGUAGAAAUUAUCGUGAUGGAUCACCUCCAGAUCGUGGAAACUGGGAUUCCUCAGUUGGUGACUUGGACGAGGAUCCAGACGAGCUUGACGACCAAGAUGCCUCAAAUCGUCCGCAAUCCACCACAACCUCGGCUUACCAACCCCCACCGAGUUGGGCCAUUCCUCUAUGGGAGGAAAUCGCUCGACUUUGGGCCUGCCUCCUUCUUUCACCUAGCAUCCCAUCUUCAACCCGUGAUAGUUGGCGCGAACGUCUUACCUCUUGGUCUAUGUCUCCACAAGCUCCACGCGAUGAUAUCUACUUUAAUCCACCUCCCACCAACCCUAUGGCGGCUGAAAAUCUCACUUCUGAGGCUGUCAGCACCCCACCGCUCAUUCGGCCACCGAGCCGGACGACAGUCGAUCCAGAACCUACAUCCGUGUUUCAGUUAGCGCUUGAUGUUAGUGCUCUGCCAGUGGAAGUGGCGGAGGAAUUUCCUGCAAUACCAAGAAACGCCUUGGCUGACCUUGCGCGGACACUCCCAGCGAAUGUGCGCCAGUGCACCUGCCCCUACUGCGGCGUUUCUCCGGUGAUUGAGCGUGCGUGGGGUUUGAAUGAGAACUUUGUUGCAUCCUGCCUCCGAGCUUCAGCGCUUCAGUUGACGGGCUACGGGGAAGCUGCGACACUCCUUGCGGUGGCACUAGCAAACGCCCUCCUGGGAUGCUUGGAGGAGGUUGGGCGAAGGGGUGCUGCGGCGGGCUGCAUUUCAUUAGGGUCCUGUUCACCGUCACCGACGCCACCGCCACUGCCCCCGCCAACACAGAGCUUUGCACGAUCGAAUUCAGGCAGCUCAAACAAGUCCGGCACUCUCUCCUCUUCUCUCAUCGUAAACACUUCUUGUGGGGGAGGUGGUGGGCCUACGCGGGGUGGCUUCAGGAGCCCUCCACCGCCGCCGCCUCAGCACUCGUCGCCCUACCACCAACGCCACUACCAGCAUCAACAUCCUUACUUUUUUUACUCUUCUCCACCUUCUCCAUCUGGACCACGCACUUAUCCUUAUCAUCAUCAGCAAGCCCGAUAUCGAUGUUCGCCGUGGCAACGCACGCCCCCCAGGCACGAUCAGCAGUACCUCCUUUGUGCCUCCGAGGCUUCCGUUGACUGCCCCUUUCACGAGUGCGGAUGGAUUGGGAUGCCUGGACGACCAAUCAUCGGUCUCGUUGAAUGCCUUCUUGAAGCGGCAGCAAAUAAAAUACAGGAUCCUGGGCGGGGCGGCCUCUCUGUGAACGAUUACUUGCACCUAGCUUUGAAGGUUGGAAUAGUGGCCCUGUGUCAGCAAAGAAGUCUUCCGCUAUCCACCGGGGCGUUUCUGGCCAGUCAGUCCCAGGAGGUGCGUCUCAUCCUCCUCUUGAAUACCAUCCCGCGAAAUGCCACAACAGCGCAGAUCAUCACACAGCUGGUCUAUCAGCUGAUGGGGCCUCCACCGAUCCCCCCUCUACUCGGAGGACCCCAGGAGGCGUGGUGGUGGUCUGCCCUUGGACCCGUAGUCCACCCGGACACAUACCCGGUGCACGUUGUGGCCGAACUCCUUUUUGGGCAUCUUUUGGCGGGAGAGACGGCUGGCAUCAACACAGGCGACCUUGCCUACCUUGUCGCGGCCAGAUCAAUGCGGUUUCCUGUUCUGGAACCAGUCUCUGACCGUCUCCCUCUUGCAAUUGCUUACACAACGUCUGCUUCACAACGCCACGGUGACAAUUCCACUCGUUCUGCCUCCUAUGUCUCCAUGAAUUCUACUUCCAGUCCACUCCGCUCCCUCCCCUUGCCCUCAACCUUUGUAACCGCGGCCCUUUCAGGUGGUGGGUCGACACCACUUGGAGCUUCCUUGCCUCCUGCCAGAAUUCUGAUUCCUCCUCCUCCUCCUCCACCGACCUAUUACCGAUCAGCCCAGGAGACUCUGCGUCACCAUGCUCAUAAUCUCUACCGGCGUCACGCCCUAGAUAGCCAGGAUUCCACACCAACGGCGUACCGUCGCGAUUUGGGCGUCAUGGAGGAGAGACAAGUCCGACUGGCAAUUGGUUUAAUUCUUGCGUCGCGUUCGGCUGUCUUUCGGAUGGAUCACUUUAUGCGCAUCUGCGACAGACACAUUCACACAGCAAUGAGCCUAAUGUCGGUGUCGCGUGAGGUACUGGCCGAGGCGAUAGGCCACCGUCUUCACUCUUCAACCACCGCCUUUACCCUGGACGAGCCCAAUUUUCUCGCUAACUCUGUUGCAUCGUCGGCCUCCAGUCUAGGGUUCGCCAACCUCCUGCCUGUCAACUUCGUCACCUCACCUCUGCCCACGACGUCUCUGCAAGAGCGUCACGCCCUGGUCUGCGCCGCAUUCCACCUGGCCCUCAGCGUGACUGUUCGCACCGUGUGGCCGCGGGCCCAGUGGCGCCGACGCGAAACGCUCGGCUGGGCGGUCUCGACUGGCCUGCUGGCCGGUCCCCUGGCGCUGCUUCACCUCGCCCAGGCCUGGACGACCUACGCGUGCCCUCGGGAGGCUGUGAUUUGGCUCGCACCCACCCUUCUCGCCUGUGUUGCCUGUGUCAGUCCGACGGGGCGAGCGGCGCGUGGCGAGGGGAUGCUGCUCCUCCCAAGGGUGUACAGCUUCCUGCCUUUCACGCCGGGUGCCGUUGAGCAGAUAAAAGCAGCUGUCCGACAAAUGACUAUACAGGCAAAGGCGACAGUUUAG